AUGCGUGGGCAACCUUUAGCAGCUCUCCUUCUAGGCUUGAGCUCCUCGGUCUUUGCCGAGCCUCUCAUAGAUGUGCUUGUGACUUCUGGUGCCGCCAAUUUUGCCACCUACAUCCAGUCAGAUCCAGAUGUUUUAGCCAAAUAUCUCUCUGGCCAGAUCCAAACUGUCUUUGCACCAUCAGAUUUGGUCCCGCCACCUGCAAGUCUAUCAAGACGCGCUCCUUCACCAGCUGAUGUGGCCAAAGCGGAGAUCCAAGGCUCAGAAGACCUCGCCGACUUGAAAACUGCCAGCGGCUCUGAGCCAGGUUCCGUUAUCCCAACUGGCACCGACUCCGCUGGGCUAGGUGGUCAGCCUCAAGUUGUCACCUCCGAUACCAGACCUGCAAAUGUGACCAACCCGACUAGACGUUGGGCAUCUUCGACUAACCUGACUGGACCAUCCUUGCUGAGGAUUUCAUCUGGUUUGGGGAACAUUGCGAACAUCAUCCACGCAGACAUUCCCUUUGACCACGGGUUCAUCCACAUCACUGACAACUACUUCACUCUGCCCGUGUCAAUCUCUUCUACAGUUCAAGCGCUCGGGCAGACGACGUUCUCCAGUUUAAUCAGCGGUAGCAACAUAACUAAAUCGCUGGAGAGCACGCAAUUCGCCACCGUCUUUCUCCCCUCCAAUGCAGCCUUUGCUGCGGCCAGCGUUGGCCCAUCCGUCAGUUCAUCCACUGCCUCGCUGAUUUCCAACCACGUCGUUGCGGGCUUUGCUGGCUACCUGCCUGUACUCAAGGAUGGCACUGCAUUGACGACCCAAAAGGGUGAAAGCCUGGUCAUUAGCAUCCGUAACGGCAUAUACUAUGUCAACGGAGCCAAGAUUAUUCAGGCGAACAUUAUAACUGAGAACGGCGUGGUGCAUAUCAUCGACAAGGUGCUGUCAACUUCAUCACCGCCUCCGCUUUCUUCGGGUGGUAUGCUUUCCAAGACAACUAGCUUUAUGUGCCUGAUUGGAGCUGUUGCUGGGGCAGUGAUGGCUCAGCUCUGA